AUACUCAACGAAUCUGGCUCCCAGAGAGAGAGAGAGAGAGACUAGUCCUUGCUCUACGAAGAGCACACUGUUGGGCUAGAUUUACAUUUCUAGGCCGAAUGUGAUGAUUCGGUGUUCUAUUAUAAAAGAAACACCACACAUCAAACAUGCACACAACAAAACAAAGAGCCAAGCUUAUCAAACAGAUAGUGAGAGAAGGAUAUUAGGAUGCAGCGCUUGAGUGAAGAAGCUGUUCUCAACAUUCCUGCAAGCAAAGCAUGGAGUAUGUACAGAGAUGAUAAGCUAAUCAGCAAAAUUAACCCAGAUAUGCUCUCUGGUGCUGAAUACAUCAAGGGUGAUGGCGGCCCUGGCAGUCUCAGGGUGUUCAAGCUUGGCCCUGCUGUUCACAGUUACGUCAAAGAGUCGACACAGAAGAUAGAGAAGGUGGUGGAGGGACAGUCUGUUACUUAUGAAGUAAUCGGAGGAGAACUGAAGGACAUGUAUAAUUUCUACAGGGUUACCUUCUCAUUUCUUCCAGUACCCGAAAAAGAAGACGAACAAUGCAUUGCAGAAUGGAAAUCAGAAUAUGAACCACUCUCAGCCACCACAUCUCCACCAGAAAAAGCACGUGAUGCUGCUAUCGGAUUCCUCAAAUCCUUUGAGAAAUUUGGACUCUGCUAACAAAUGUUGUUAGCAUUGGACUUGCCAUAUAAGAUGGUAGUAUUCUAAAGGUGGUUUCUCUACUAGUGGGCUCCUUAAUUCUAGCACAAAUAGAACUUUAUCACAGUUCAUCUAAAAUGAAAUUUGUGUGGAGAGAUCCAGUACUAAAUAUUAUCCCCCUAAUAAUCAAUAUGUUGGUUUAGAAGUCA